UGACCACGAUGACCUGGAUGACCACGAUGACCGUGAUGACCACGAUGACAGUGAUGACCACCACGACCGCAGUGACCGCGGCCACCACCGUCCCGGCCACCGUCCCCACGCCUCUGCUGGUUCCUCUGGACAUGGCCCCGGACUCCUUCGAUGACCGGUACCGGGGCUGCGGCCGCGCCAUGACCGCGGCCCUGCCGGCCCUCAACCGCUCCGAGCUGCUCCGGGGCGGUCACUUGGCCGAGGCCUGGGCCCUGGCCGAGGCCGAACGGCGCGUCCGGCCGUCCCCGGCGUCACCCGCGUCCCCUCUGUCCCCGGCCCAGCUCACGGCCCUGCUGGCCUACACGGCGCCGGUUCCGCUGCACCGGACCUUCAACGCCGCCGUCCGCGCGUCCGGCCGCUCCGGCCGCGAGUACCGCCACAAUUUCCACUUCAAGGCGCUGCAUUUCCUGCUGAGCAGCGCCCUGAGCGCGCUGCGCGACGCGCGGGGACCGCGGUGCCACCGCGUGUUCCGCGGGGUGCGCGGGGUGCGCUUCGAGGCGCGGCCGGGCCGGACGGUUCGGUUCGGUCACUUCGCUUCGGCCUCGCUGCGGAACGAGAGCUCCUGGAGCUUCGGGAUGGACACGGCGUUCCAGGUGAGCACCUGCCAAGGUGUGGACAUCCACGAGUUCUCCUUCUUCCCGCACGAGGAGGAGGUGCUGAUCCCGCCCUUCGAGACCUUCCAGGUGACGGAGGUGACGCGCGUCACCGCCGGAGGGGACACCGGAGGGGACACCGGGGACACCGGAGGGGUCACGGUGAGGAUCGGGCUGCGCUCCACCGGUGUCUUCAGCAAAUACAACUGCGAGUGGCUGAGAGGUGGGAGUGUCCCCAGGCCCCUCCCCCACCUCGGGUGGCUCCUCCUGGCCACCACAGCCCUGGCAGUGGCCACCGGGACCUUCUGAGCCACGAGGCCACCAAGGACACCGAGGUCACUGCGGCCACCAAGGACACCGGGACCUCCUGAGUGACAGGGCCACCACCAUGGUCACUUUGGCCACUGUGGUUGCUGUGGUCACUUUGGCCAGCACAGCCACUCUGGCCACCACGAGCACUGGGGUCACCAAGGCCACCAGGACCCCCUGAGCCACAAGGCCACCACCAGGGCCACCACUGUCACUGUGGUCACUUUGGCCACCGUGGGUAUUGGGCCACUGGAGUCACCACUGUCACCAUGGCCAUUGUGGCCACCGUGGCCGCUGUGACCACUGAGGCCACCAUGGUCCCCAAGGCCACCAUGGCCACCACAGCCACUGUUGCCACCAAGGUCACCAAGGUCACCAUGGCCACCAAAGCCAUCAAGGACACUGUAGCCACCAAGGCCACCACGGCCACCAUGGUCCCCAAGGCCACCAUGGCCACCAAGGCCACCCACCAUGGCCACCAUGG